UGGCGGGCGCUGCUCAUACCAUGCGCCGUCGGUGCUAAUGGCGGGGAAGUGGGGGCAGGCAGUAUAUGGCAUUUACAGAGCGGCGGGUCGAGCCAUAUCCCCAUUUUUAUACAUUCACUGGCGGAGGCUUCGCGGCCUGGAGCACCAGUCCAGAUGGCCGGAGCGCUUCGGCCGCCCUACGGCCCCGCGUCCCCCUGGCCCUCUCAUCUGGUUCCAUGCCGUUUCUUUAGGUGAAGGGCUGGCCAUCAUCCCCGUGAUCAAGCACUGCCUGCUGGAGAACCCUAGUCUUCUUGUAUUGAUGACGACCACGACGGUUUCAGCUUUUGAGGUCAUCAAGAAUAGGCUUCCAAAUAGUGUCAUCUAUCAGUUUGCUCCAGUUGACACCCCCAUGGCUAUGGAAAACUUUCUUGUGUACUGGAACCCUAUUGCUGUGAUUCUUAUGGAAAGUGAAGUUUGGCCAAAUCUCAUUAUUUCUGCCUCAAGAAAAGGAAUUGAAGUUGCAUUAUUGAAUGCUAGAAUGUCUUGCAAUUCUUUCAAGCGCUGGUCAUUAAAGAUAUCACGUCCUCUGAUAUCUUUGUUGCUAUCAAAAUUUUCUCUCAUUGUCGCAUUGAAUACAGCUCAAGCAGUUCGUUAUCAGUUGUUAAAUGCACCACCAUUUAUUAUAAAUUUUGCAGGUGAUUUGAAGUAUGCAGUUGGAGGUCUCCAACUUUCUCAAAGUGAGAACAAAAGCAUCGAAGGUCUUAAGCUGCAACUGAAUGAUAGGCCAGUUUGGAUGGCUGCAUCCAUACAUAAAAGUGAAGCAGAAGUCAUGAUUUCUGUUCACAAAGAAUUAGCAAUGGCGUUUCCCAACUUGAUUACCAUCAUUGUGAUGCGACAUCCCCAGCAUGGAAAACAGUUAGCCCAAGCACUACAGAAAAGAGGGAUGCUUGUGGCAUUGAGAUCUAAAAGUGAGAUGGUUUCUCCUUGUAUACAUGUUUAUGUAGUGGAUACUUUAGGGGAACUUGGAAUGCUUUUUAGGGUUACUCCGAUAGCUGUUAUUGGAGGAUCUUUUCAGUCUGGUCUUUCGGGUCACAAUUUCUCUGAGGCUGCUGCAGCUGGGUGUGCUGUUCUCACUGGUCCUCAUUUGGGACACUUCUCCCGCAUGUUAACAGAGAUGAAGCAAGUUGAUUCCUUAUCAGUUUUGCAGGUUAAGGGGAAAGAAGAACUUGUGGAUGCAUUGAAGCAGCUACUAAGCCGUGCCGAGCUCUUGGAAGCACGUCAGAAGUCAGCAAAGCUGGCCUUUUCAACUGUUUCAAAUGGGGUUGUUAAGAAUGUCUGGAAACUUGUUAAUAAUCAUUGUCUGGGGGGCAGACAAGCCAUUGGGCUCAAUCUGAAGCCAUGAACAUCCUGACUUGGCUUUCCUCACCAGCCUAGAACUAACUAAAGCCUGCAGACGUUUGUAAUCUUUUGAUUUAUGCAGUUUGAUAGCUUGCCACCAUUUGAUUGAUCUGCAGGCUUUAUUUAGUUCUUGGAAACGCCCAAAUGCUAUUUUUUAGUUUCUUUU